AUGCGACCGACGACGGAGGCCAAGUCGACGUCGGCGGUGAGCUACGCUGCGCCCCCUGCACACCCGCCGCCACCUCCGCCGGCCGCAGAGCCAGACGAAGAACUCCCGCCGUACUCGCCGUGCCGGGGCGGCCCCUCAUGCAGGGACCACAACAGCACGGCGCCGCAGCGCCCUUCGGCGCCCCGACAUCCGUCCUACUCGGCAUGGGCGCCGAGCGUCGUCCACUCGCGCGCUGGCCUCUCCCGCCUGCGCGCGAUGGAACGCGUCGAGAGCGAUGAGGAGCGCCGAGAACGCGUGCGCAGGGAGCAGGAGGCAGAGCUCGCGCAUUGGAGGGAGCAAGUCGCCCUGGCUACUAUCCUCCGCGAGGCGGAAGAGGAGCCUCGUCGCCCACUGUCACAACGCCAAGGAGACGCGGUAUCGCAUCCGCAACAACGCGGUCUGGACCCAGUGGCCUCGAGUGCCGCCCCUGCGCCGUCUCCGUCGCCGCCGUCGUCUUCCGCCCUAGGACUGCAUGGCCUCGGAAGCAGCACACACGCCACCCCCGUCGCCGCGUCGUCACCGCCACGUCCGACCUCACGCACCCGCCCGCGCGCAGGCACUUCUCCGGCACCUCACUCUCGCUCGCCAUCAUCUCCAUCUUCAUCACACAUUCACCAACAACCUCCCCUCUCGCACACCUCCUCAUCGUCCAGCCUCAGCUCGUACCGCUCGAGCAGCUCGACAACACCCGCCACACCGCCCGACAGCGCCGGCGCGCUCCCGCUCCCCCUCCCGGCCUGGUGCAACUCGCCCGCACCGACACCACGACUCACGCGGAGCGCAAGCGCUCCAGAUCUCGCCCUGCUCACGCUCCAGGACUUGGAGGCGGCGUACACGCCCGUACGGGUGCCCCUCCUCCGGCGAAAGGUGACGCCGAACCACCUCCGCAGGUCCCACCCCGUCCCCAGCCGCAUGGACUCGCGCACAGCGACAACAGCGAGCCGCACGACGAGCCGUACUAGCGCCGAAUCGUCGCGGCGCGAGCGCAACCCCUGGUCCCCGUCGGGGAUUGCGGAGCGCCUGAGCCCGCGCGCGCUGGUCGAGCGCUCGCCGUCGCCGCCGCCCCAAGCUCCAGGCGACGGUAACAACCCGCCGUCGCCGAGCCGCAACCGCCCGUUCUCCUUCUUCCGGCGCCCGACGCGCACGUACCCCGCGCGCGCCGAGCCCGAGCCGCUGCCCCACGGCCACGAGCACAGCGCGGUGUAUGGCCGCCCGGCGCAGCACCCUCAAAGCGAGCACACGUACGCCCGCGUCCCGCCGCGCCUGUUCGAGCAGUGGCCCACGCGCCUGCCGAUCGAGUACAAGCUCUGGUGCACGCCCUUCCUGGGGUACGACGACGUGCCCGUCGAGGAGGAGGUCGUGGGUGUCAUCUCGGAGAUGUAG